AUGUGCAGUCCGGUCUCUGACAUUCUGCAACUGGUGCUGGAUCCGCCCAGUCGAUCUCCCAGCCCCAGCCCUCCGUCUCGCAUGGCUGCUAUGCAUAUGGUGCUGCCCUCCAUACAUCCGCUAUCAGAACAAAAGAGGGUAACUUUUCGAAGCACACGAACGGAGGUACACAUCGAGUCCUUGGCACUGCUGCCGGACGACAAGAAAGAUGAACUAUGGCACAAGGAUACCGAUAUUGAGGCUUUCAAAGCACGCGAACGACUUCUCUGUGAGGAGAUUCGGCUGGGCUUGUCGAACGAACAAAACACACGAGGUCUCGAACUGAGACUUUGUCAGGAACGGCAAAAGCGCAAGUACAUGAUAAUACACGCCAUCCUCAGAGCGCAAAAGCGCUACAAGGACCCCAAACAACUUCAACAUUGCGGAAAAUGCAGUUUGUCUGGUAUUCUCUACACUCAAGGCCUGAUUGUUAUGGAGCUCGUUGGGACGAUCCGCCGCUUAUCUCUCGAUACUUCAGCUCUCGCCAGAGUAGAGGAUGACAAUCUCGUGGGCUGUACGGAUACACUUGGUCCAUGCGUAUAUGCUUAUCUGCGAUUGUACAGAGCUCACGCGAUUGCCUUCACCUCCUGGUCACUAUCCGAAAUAUCCUUGUACGCCUUCACAGCGCGGAUUUCAACGUACCGACGCGCCUCACUUUGCCUCCUUUUGUGUUUGUCGGCUCGAACAGCUUCACAUCCGCCAUACAAGCGCGGGCCCCAUUGCACGCGCCGACCCUGCGAUUCCGUUCAGGACACCCGCUCCACCUCGCUAUCCUCGUCCGGAGGUCCAGGCGCCGCUGAUUCUUAG